CAUUGGUUGCUUCAGAGAAAAAAGAGAAGACUUAUGGUUGGCUGGUGGCAGGAGUUUAGUUGUAUUAAUACGACUACCCUCAUAAAUUGUCCGUCUGCAAUUUCUUAUGGCUUUCUCUGCUGCCACCUCUCUUGCUCUCCAAUCCUUCAAGGCUGCAAGGCACCUGUUACCUAAACGUGUCCUCUUUUCUGCGUUUCAAGCGCGUCACCACUGACCCAUCUUGUAUCCUCCCAUUGACCAAUCUGAAAUCGGGGCCAGAGGAAGCAGUACAAAUUACCGAUGGAUUUUGGGACUGAAUUGAAGGGAUGUGUUUGCCGGAUCAACAACUGCGCCAUCGAACUCUUCUCGAUGGAGGAGGAUUUGGAGAUUGAAGACGAAGACUCAUGGGACCUGGUUGGAAGGGACCUCCGGCUGAAGGCCACCUUCUUGUAUAUUGACCUCAGCCGUGUGAUCUCCUCCUGUGAGAGCGAUGAGCGCAAGAAGACGCUCACCGGCCUAGCCAACAAGUUCUUCUACUUCAUGGACGAGUUGGGCAAUGCGGUGAAGGACAGAAGCGCCUCCCUGGUGCAGGUGUGCUACAGCGACACAGCUCAUGUUCUUCGCGAGGUGGUAGCCGCCCUUGGGCCGUCCCAUUAGUCUGCCAUUCGUGCUGAGAAAGCUGUAAGAUCUGGGAGCUGCGCAUUUCUUGGAAGCAAGAAAUUACCCAAAAACCUGUACAAAGGGGAUAGGCCAACAUGAGGGAAACCAGGCCUCCUGGAUGGUUAUGUUAUGUACAUAUCGUUAUGCGGCUGUGGAGUCGAAGCAAACUAAAUGAUUAGUGUCUGGUUUGCCCCAUGGAUUGAGGUGUUCCUGUCAAGUUUAUUUUGUUUUCAGUUCUGUAUGUUGCUUGCGUCUAGCACCGUGGUAAAAGACCUCCUGGAGUGUGGCUACCAAGCAGGGCUCGCUUCCUGUUUCUUAAAAAAAGGCACAUUGCUGCGUAUGCUUGCGCCGUGAAGCUGGCGUGUUCACUAGGUAUACCUUGCAUUGUGCAAGCCGGCGUUCGGGGCCUUUCCGUGAUGUUACAAUGCAAUGCCUUCACGUUAUCUCCACCAUGUGAUUGAAUUAUUAUUAUUAUUAUUAUUAUUAUUAUUAUUAUUAUUAUUUA